UGGGCGAAGAGUCUCGGUUCAGGAUGAAAGGAACGAAAUUCCUCGAGUCUCGUAUAUAGAACCCGAACAGCGAGAAAUGAACAUCCCCACAAGCUGAGAUACGGCCAGCGUCUGAAAGCAAAACUUCUCCCAAUCAAAAGCCAAUCUACAUCUGAAAAUCACCAUCACAACAAUGUCUGCUGAGGAACACGUCCAGAAGGCUUCUGCCCACGACUCUGCCGGUGCCGUUGACCCCAAGACCGGCAACACUCUCUCGCACCACGACGCCUCCGGCGAGACCGCUUUCGAGCACGGAAAAGAGGGUGCCCACAACAGGAUUGACGGAAAGGACGAGCGAUCGUUUGCCAACAACAUCCAGGACGCUAAGCGAAUUGAGAAGGAGGAGGAGGAGGCUCAGGCCGCCAAGGACGCUAUCAAGCCCACUGACAUCGCCAAGAGCCACGGUAACGAGCCGUCAAGGGGAGCCAAGAUCGACGAGCAGAUCGAGAAGGAGGAGGAGGAGGAGCUCCGAAGGAAGGGAAAGAUCUAGUCCACUCGCCGCAUUUCCGACGCAUCUUUACGUUUCUUUGAUGAUGACAAGUAAUAAAGCAAAGCACAUGACAACAGUAAUGCCAUAAUCAGCAGUAAUACCACAUCGACAAAUUUGUCUUCGCCGAUGCGUUUGCUGGGUUCAUUCGCGUUGAUACCUGGUCGUGGUGCAAGUGUUUAUCUGGCGCGGAGCGAGGUCCGUGCGUCUCCCGGUUCUGAAGAAGAGUUGUCACUCCGGUCUUCAAGUUAUUCGGUCAUGUUACCUUUGAUGACG